GAACAUAGACUGUAUAUGGUUCAGAGGUGAUUUGUAGCUGAAUCCUUCGACCGGAUGGGUGUGUCCAGGCUGUCUUGGCAAAAGACGCCGGAAGGGAGGAGGGCCUGUCUGUCGGUCUAUCUGUCUGACGUAAAGUUGCUGGAGAGAGACAGGCAGCGCCGGUGUUUGUGAUGGUAGCUAGCUAACUAGGAAGGGCGACUAUACCUUUAAGUGAAAGAAAACGAAACAAGAAACAAUCAGCGGCAUCGCUGCGUCGCUUAGCUAGUUAACAGGGCUCACAGGGACUUUCGAUAUGAUAUUUAUUAAACUAAUUCUCCUGUUUUGCUGCCUACGAGAUAUUAGAGGUCAGUUUGGGAACCCCUUGAACAAAUAUAUCCGCCACUAUGAAGGUUUAUCAUAUGACACAGAAGCCCUGCACAACAGUCACCAGAGAGCCAAGAGGGCACUCUCUGCUCAAGACAGGACCGUGCACCUGGACUUUCAUGCACAUGGAAGACAUUUUAACUUGCGGAUGAGGAGAGAUACGACUCUGUUUACUCCAGAUCUCAUCAUUGAGAUAUCAGGAGAAGAGGCACCCAUUGACACAUCACAUAUUUACAGUGGAGAGGUCUUUGGUGAAAAGGGCACACUGACCCAUGGCUCCGUGGUUGAUGGGCGCUUUGAGGGCUUCAUUAAAAGCCACCAAGGAACAUAUUAUGUUGAACCCUCUGAGAGGUACCUUAAGGACAAGAAUGUGCCCUUCCACUCCGUCAUCUAUCAUGAGGAUGACAUCAAUUAUCCUCAUAAGUAUGGCUCAGAGGGCGGCUGCGCAGACCACUCAGUGUUUGAGAGGAUGAAGAAGUACCAGACAUCUGCAACAGAGGAGCCGGUCAAAGGGGUGAACAGUGUGCUAGAGGAGGAGAGCUCCUAUGGUCCUGUUAUUCUGAGGAGAAAGAGGGCAGCAGCAAAAGAGAAAAACACCUGCCAGCUCUUCAUCCAAACUGACCACCUCUUCUUCAAAUACUAUGGCACAAGAGAGGCUGUCAUUGCCCAGAUCUCCAGCCACGUAAAGGCUAUUGACUCAAUUUACCAGGCCACAGACUUCAUGGGCAUCCGAAACAUCAGCUUCAUGGUUAAAAGGAUAAGGAUAAAUACUACCAUCGAUGAAAAGGACAAAACCAAUCCUUUUCGCUUUGCCAACAUUGGAGUGGAGAAGUUUUUGGAGCUUAACUCUGAACAGAACCAUAACGACUACUGCCUAGCCUAUGUCUUCACCGAUCGGGACUUUGAUGAUGGGGUGCUUGGCUUGGCUUGGGUUGGGGCUCCUUCAGGAAGCUCUGGGGGCAUCUGUGAGAGGAGCAAAAUGUACUCUGACGGGAAGAAGAAGUCUCUGAACACUGGCAUCAUUACUGUGCAGAACUAUGCCUCCCAUGUCCCUCCCAAGGUGUCACACAUCACCUUCGCUCAUGAGGUUGGGCACAACUUUGGCUCACCUCAUGACUCUGGGAUCGAAUGCACCCCUGGAGAGUCCAAGUUGCAGGACAAAAAGGAGCAGGGCAACUACAUAAUGUACGCCAGAGCCACAUCAGGGGACAAGCUCAACAAUAACAAGUUCUCUAUCUGCAGCAUCCGUAAUAUAAGCGCUGUUCUGACGAAAAAGAGAAACGACUGUUUUGUUGAGUCUGGCCAGCCUAUCUGUGGUAAUGGACUAGUGGAAAUUGGAGAAGAGUGUGACUGCGGCUACAGUGAUCAGUGUAAAGACCCAUGCUGCUAUAACGCCAAUGAAGCAGAGGGCAAAAAGUGCAAACUCCAGCCUGGAAAAGUCUGCAGUCCAAGCCAAGGCCCAUGUUGCACACCAGAGUGUUCUUUUAAGGGCACAAAUGAGAGGUGCAGACUCGAGUCUGAGUGUGCCCAAGAAGGUACAUGCAAUGGAGCCACUGCUCUGUGUCCUGCCUCAGAACCAAAGGCCAACUUCACCUCUUGCCAUUCAGAAACGCAAGUCUGCCUCAAUGGGGUAUGCUCUGGUUCCAUUUGUGAGAAGUAUGGUCUGGAGGUAUGCACCUGUGCCAGCCAAGAUGAGAAGAAUGAGGCGGCUGAGCUGUGCCACGUGUGCUGCAUGGAGAAAAUGAAACCCAGCACCUGCAGCAGCUCAGGCUCAGACAAAUGGGCCAACUUCUUCAACAAGAAGGUCACAACGCUGCAGCCCGGCUCACCCUGCAAUGACUUUAAGGGCUACUGCGACGUGUUUAUGAGGUGCCGUCUGGUGGAUGCCGACGGGCCUCUGGCAAGGCUUAAGAAAGCCAUCUUCAAUGCAGAGCUCUAUGAGAAUAUUGCACAGUGGAUAGUGGGUUACUGGUGGGCAGUGCUGUUGAUGGGCAUCGCACUUAUUAUGCUAAUGGCUGGCUUCAUCAAGAUCUGCAGUGUCCACACCCCCAGCAGCAACCCCAAACUGCCCCCACCAAAGCCACUGCCAGGUACGCUGAAAAGGAGACGACAGCAGCAAGCCAAUCAACAGCUUCAGGGCCAGCGCGCACCCCGUCAGCAAAGAGAGAACUAUCAAAUGGGACAGAUGAGACGCUGAGACACUGGUCUGCUCUUUGCCUUGGUUCCCUAGUGCCUACAAUGGGAGCACUUCACUCCAAAGAGUUACCUUUACCACAUAUUGCAAAAUUCAAAGAACUUGCAACAGGAUCGAUUUCACUGGACAAAGCCUGAGGUUUGUUUAAUUUUGGGCCUAACAAACUCAUUCAGCACCUCUGCUCUGAGAGCCAGAUUAGCAGUGGUUCACACAGCUUUUAUAGGAAAUAAAUAACUUUUCCAAGGAGGGACAGGAGAAGAAAUUCAUUGAUCUCUGUUUAUGUGGUUUUAACCCCCCCCCCCCCCCGAAUGCUUUUUUGUUAUUUUUUUUUUUACCAGAAUGGCAGAGAGAGAAGCAGCUUUGUGUUAGAUGCCUUCCUCUGCCUUCCCUCUGUGCUACAUUUGUCUUUCCUGUUCUUCCUCUCUGAAGUGCUGCCAUCAUCAGCACGAUAGCAGCACUGCAAGUCACUUGCUGCCAAUGAAAAACAGAGUUGAGUUGGAGGAAAACUUUUUUUGUUGUUUUUAAAGCAAAGCACCAUCAAAUGUUGAAGCUUUUUAUUUCUAUAGUGUACAUGUUCUUUCAGUAUGCAAUUGUACAUAUGCUCCAAUAGGUUUCUUUUUCUUUGUUUCAAAUUACAUUUUCUGUAUGAUUAAGAUUAUUUUCUGUUUUGAUUCACUUUCUCAGGAUUAAUAAAAUGACAACAAACAAAGUGUAGUGAGCGGAAAACAUGGUUGCAUGAGUAUUUCAGGGUAAAGUCCCUCCUGGCUAAAGGCUCUACAGAAAGGUUCACGUUAGCUGCAGUGGGAAGUAGAGGAAGGGUUGUAUGAAGAAAUGAAAUGAAAUGAAUAAAUAAGAUUAGAGUGUCAUCUCUUAUCAGAUGGACGGCUGCGGAGGGGAGAUUGAUUAUCUUGUUAUGUCUAUUUCUUUUUGUGAAAUGCUUUUGCAGCUGCAUUUACAUAAAGUUAUAGUUUGGGGCUUAAAUAAGUGGUGAGAGAAUAGCUUUUUAUCAACCUGAUUGUAUCACACUUUUAUUCUGUCAUUUCCUCUGACUCGUCGCUUUGGCACUGAUUUGUGACGCAUUUGCAAAACAACCACUUUGUGCUACAGAUGCACGUGUGUCUUUACAUUCGGGGUGAAAAUAGUGAAAGCAAAGAGGAGACAGUUCAAAAAAACUCUGCGGACAAAGAAGAAUAUAUAAGAAGUUAUUAUUGAAAGUGUCUUUGUGUGAUUUAUCUGCCACUUGCUGUGUUCUGUCCACCUUUUGAAUUUCACAGUUUUUGAUGAACCUCUAUGGUUUAAAUGUGAUUGUGGAUUUAGCUUUUAUUGUUUUCACUUGCAGUUCAGAUUAUUUGUAUAUGUGGAGCAAUUGAAUCAGUUGAGGGAAAACUAGAGCUUCUAAUGUUUAUUGUUGCUUUGUUGCUGCUGUUAACAGACAUUCACCAGAGCAAACAAUCACUGUGUGUCAGCCACCCGCCGCUGUUCUGUCCUUUCUUUUCCUACCAGGAUUUUCUCAAGGAACUUUGUUACCCUUGUUACAUCCUGUUGGUUUGUGUGAUUGCUUUAAAAAUGUGCCUACUCAGAGCAGUAUGACUGAAGUUGGUGUACUAGUGUCAGUGAUCUUCACCAAGGCUGAAACCAUGCAUGAGGUGGCAGUUUAUCUAAGCAGAGUGUUAUCAGACUGCUGUUGCAAAAAGAUGUGGUUUAGGGCUUGGCACUGUAUAAUAAUUAUAGGAAAUGUAAGUCAUGAUUGAUAUACAACUAUAUCGGCCAAUGCGUGAACUUUUUCGUAUUAUAGUCCACAAUUAUUUCUGAUUUUUGAAGAGAUUAUAAUUAGUAUUUACUUUGUUUAAUAGCAUAUUGUUGCCUGCCUCUCAAGCCUUUGGUUUGACUUGAGUUUUCAGUUGUCUCCAGUCAGAUUGAAUUUAGGUCAUCUUCACUGACGGUGCAUAAUACUCUGACUUGAGUGACUAGCAGAACAUAAAAAUAGAUAUGUAUAGUUUCUUAAAAUUAUUUUAGGAGGGAACAACUUAGCGGAGAAAAGACGUACUUUUUUCUUACCCUUGCAAAAGAGCUGCAUCUCAGAAUUGCUUUCUGUGCAAAGGAUGUUGCGAUGCUGCAUUAUCGAUCAGAUAGAUUCUAUGCAGAGUGUCACAGAGCUCAACAGUGAACAAGUUAGCCUCUUCACAGAAAUAUGCCUUCAAUUCUUCCUCCUAAAUGCAUACAUGGAAAAGUCUGUUGUGUUUUCAUAGCAAAAUAGUUGUUCAUGUUGAUGUGCUACAGCAAAUUUUCUGAACAAACAAAAAAUACAAUCCUCUGUGGCUUCUUAUUGAUUUUCUUUGUUUUUUUGGUGCUACUGGUAGUGCUUUUUUCUUGGGUCGGAGCUUAAACAAUAUUUUUCAUUCUCUUUGGCAAAUUUUAAAGCUUUUUAGUGUGUUUGCAGGCUGCUUUGCUGAAUCAUCCUCAUCUUUUUUAUUGAUACAUUAAGAUGUGGACAAUACUGGGUGUUGGGGGAUAUGGGGAAUAAUACUCUCUGGGAAAUGUUUCUGUCUUUCACAUGUGUUGCUAAGAUGUUGAGAAAAUGUGCGCUGAAGUGUAAGUGAUGUGAACAGAGAAUCCAAAAUGGAAUAGAUUCAAUACUACUGUCUGAUUUUAAUGUUUCCCGUGUUUUAUACAUUGUCUUCAUUGGUCUUCUUGUUAUUUACAUUUGUCCUGUUUCCCAUUCUGCUUACUUUGAAAAUUUUACUAAAUUUGCAAAGGUAUUGUGCAAAAAUAUAAUUUCUUUUGAACUACUUGAAAUGCGAUAAUAAACCAGAAAUGAGCAAAAGUU